AUGGCUUUAUUGGAGAAGUUGCAUCGAAGAAUUGUUGAUAUGGGGCUUGUCCCGCGUAUCAUCGCCUUAUUGCCAGUGAUUUCCACUCUAUGUGCUCUUUUUGGUUUCAUCUCUAUUGCUAUUCUGCCUAUGGAUGGACAGUAUAGAAGAACGUACAUUUCUGAAAAUGCCUUGAUGCCGUCACAAGCGUAUAGUUAUUUUAGAGAAUCUGAAUGGAACGUUUUGAGAGGCUAUCGCUCUCAAAUCGAGGAAAUGGAAAAUAUGACUUCCUCGGAAAGAAACAAUCAGAUGGGUUCUUGGCUACAAGAGUUCGGUACUAAGACUGCUAUUUAUGAAAGCCAACAAUAUGGAGAAACAUUGUAUGGAGUAAUGCAUGCCCCCAGGGGUGAUGGGACAGAAGCAAUGGUACUUGCCAUUCCGUGGUUUAAUUCGGACGAUGAAUUCAACGUUGGUGGUGCAGCAUUGGGUGUGUCUUUAGCCAGAUUUUUCUCACGUUGGCCGGUAUGGUCUAAGAAUAUAAUCGUUGUGUUCAGUGAAAAUCCUCGUGCAGCUUUGAGAUCAUGGGUAGAAGCAUACCAUACUUCCUUAGACUUAACUGGGGGUUCCAUCGAAGCUGCCGUGGUACUAGAUUAUUCAAGUGCAGAAGAUUUCUUUGAGUAUGUAGAAAUUUCCUAUGACGGGCUAAAUGGCGAGCUGCCCAAUUUAGAUCUUGUGAACAUCGCAAUAUCCAUUACUGAACAUGAAGGUAUGAAAGUUUCCUUGCAUGGACUACCUUAUGAUCAAUUGGCUAAUAAUGAUUUUUGGUCAAGAUUGAAGAUACUUAGUCUGGGAAUAAGAGACUGGGCGUUGUCUGGUGUCAAGAAUCCGCACGGUAACGAGGCGUUCAGCGGCUGGAGAAUUCAAUCUGUAACGUUGAAGGCCCACGGACAUGGCGGUCACGACAUUACUACAUUUGGACGUAUACCAGAAGCAAUGUUCCGUUCCAUCAACAAUCUUUUGGAAAAAUUCCAUCAGUCGUUCUUCUUUUACUUGUUGUUAGCGCCACGUCAGUUCGUUUCCAUUAGUAGUUAUUUGCCAAGCGCCGUGGCUUUUUCAGUGGCAUUUGCCAUAAGUUCAUUAAAUGCAUUCAUUAACAAUGCCUACGCAAGUAUAUCCUUAUUCUCAGAAUACAAUUUGGUGGCACUGUUGGUUUGGUUCAUAUCAUUGGUUGUAUCAUUCAUUAUUUCACAAAUAUUUCUUCUGGUACCUUCAGUGGGGUUGUUGAUGACAAUUAGCUUGGCAACCUGUUUUUUACCCUUAGUACUAUCCGAGAAAGUACAUAUCUCAGAACCACUAUCAUACAGGUUGAAAAAUGUCGCAUUUUUAUAUUUCAGUCUGGUUUCAACAUCCCUUCUGAUGAUAAAUUUUGCCAUGGCUUUACUGAUCGGCUCGUUGGCAUUCCCUAUGACAUUUAUCAGGACUAUUGUCGUUGGAAAAUCUACCGAGCAUGAAAUGGGCACUAAAUCGCACACCUCAGUAAAAACUGAGUCAAGGGACGACCUCUUUGAGCAUCAUGGAGAUACCGUGCUAGAGAAAGCUAAGAAAAGACAGCAAUUGAAAAAUUUAUUGUUACUAGUGUUAACAAACCCAUUUAUAUCAAUAACCCUAUUCGCGUUGGUUUUCGAUAAUGAAUUUCACGGAUUUGAUAUAGUAAAUAAACUGAUCUCAGCUUGGUUAGAUUUGAAAUGUUGGAAUUGGUUCGUCCUUUGUAUAGGUUGGCUACCAUGUUGGCUGUUAAUUUUAGCGUCAUCAUUUGAAUCAAGAAGUGUUGUAGUGAAGUCCAAGGAAAAGCAAAGUUAA